CAGUUGGAGUGUGUUAGAAAACGUGGUUAAUGCCGGACCAGGAGGUGCCACUUUUGACACUGCCAUGAUCAGACACUUGACAUAACAAAAACACAAAAACUGGGGCAAAAGAAAGUGUUGUCAAGGUCUUUGUGAGGCCAGUUGUAGGACUGACAGGAAACACCUUUUGCUCGUCUGGUCCUCUAUUCUUCGGAUUUGCGCUGAUGACUGACAUAAAACUUCCAUGCCAUUCACAACGAUUUCGUAACUGACUGUAUGAAGAUGGUAGCAGCUACAAACUCAACUCACAAUGACUCUGACAUUUGUACCAAUCUGUACGACCAUCGUAGUUGGGCACAGUAUUUCUUGCCAGCAAUAUAUUCUUUGAUUUGCAUUGUGGGACUGCUGGGCAAUUUGUUGGCUUUCCAUGUCAUUUGGCCUAAUUUAAAAAAAAUCAACUCCACAACACUGUACUCAGCCAACCUGGUGGUGUCAGACAUCUUGUUUUCGUUCGCUCUGCCCUUGCGUGUGGUUUACUAUGCUUUGGGAUUUCACUGGCCAAUGGGGGAGGGUUUCUGUAAGGCUGUGGCGCUGCUGUUCUACAUCAACAUGUACGCCGGCGUCAACUUCAUGACUUGUUUGAGCGUGGACCGUUUCAUUGCAGUGGUGCUGCCGCUGCGCUUCUCCCGCUUCCGGAAGGUUCAGAAGGUGCGGUACAUCUGUGUGGCCGUAUGGGCCGUGGUGUUGAUGCAGACGCUGCCUUUGCUGUCAAUGCCCAUGACGAACAACGAGCAAAGUGGUCACAUAACAUGUAUGGAGUAUCCCAACUUCGAGAAAAUCGACAACCUGCCCGUCAUGCUCAUCGGUGCUGUGUUGCUCGGCUUCGGCUUCCCUGUGAUCACCAUCCUGGUGUGUUAUUCGGCACUGUGCUCCAAGCUCCGCCUCCUGGCCAGGUCCAAUAAACUGACAGAGAAGUCGGGUCGCAGUCGCAAGGCCAUCGGUGUGAUUUGCACAGUCAUUCUCGUGUUUGUGGUGUGCUACAGUCCAUAUCACAUCGACCUCCUGCAGUACAUGAUCAGAAAGCUGCGGUACAAGCCAGACUGCUCAGAACUGCAUGACUUUCAAAUCUCCCUUCACAUCACCGUCUGCAUGAUGAAUCUCAAUUCAUGCCUCGACCCUUUCAUCUACUUCUUCGCCUGCAAAGGAUACAAGAAGAAGGUACUCAGACUGCUCAGACAGCAAGUCAGCAUGUCCUUCUCAAGCGUGGUCAGGACCUCUCCUGAAGGCUCCUCCAAAGACGUGUUUGGGAACGACAAAAUCCAAAUGAGCUCCAGAAGCAAUCAGAGAGAGAGGAGCAGUGUGCUAUUGAGCGACUAAUGGCAGCAAUGUUUUUGAACUAUAAACAAGAACAAGAAAUGCAGUGACUGUAUGAGACUCACAACAACAACAACAACAAAUUUCUUACCUCUGGAUUAUUUUACGUUUCAAGCUAUUAGUUCUCAGUCGGUAGUUAAUAUUUUCAGAUGCUGUUCAAAGAUUAUUGCAUCUUAGUUCAUUUAAAUGACAGAAUCUGUUCUGGAGUUUUUUAAUUGAUCUUUUGAAUAAUAAAGAAAACAGCUGAAAUGACAAAAACACAUGCAGUGAAAUGAUAAGCUACAGAACUCGUAAAGUACCAAGAAAGUGUAAACCCAGUGACUCAAAUAUGUGAUUCCACAGAAUGAGAUUCCAGUCACAAACAGAUUAAGAUUUAAUCAGUGAUUUAUUCAGUGAUGUUUUAUCUUUACAAUCAGUCACUGAGUCAUUUACUCUUUUUUCUCACUGACGUCUUUAAAGGUAUGUGAUGGUUUUGUGAUUUUACCUGAGUUUAAAGAGAAGAGCACAAGCAAGUAGUAUUAUAGUGUGGGUUGAGACAGAACAUAGAAGAGAACUAUCAUAACAUAACCCUCUAGAAAGCUGUAGUGAGCUAUCUUAUUAGAAAGAGUCACAUAUGUACCUCAAUGGUUCCUCAUUAGUGCCUCAGAAUGAUAAACUUGAUAAUCACACUGACAAACAACUGUCAUCAUCCAUCCUAAAAAAAUGCUGGUUUGAAAAAACCCUAAAUUGGGUUGAAAAUGGAAAAACCCAGCAAUUGGGUUGUUUUGUUCAACUAUUGUUUGAAAAUGAUUGCUUGCUUAAAGUAAACCCAAAGUAUGUUGUAAAUUAACAUUUAUUAAUAUGUUUAAUAAAUAAACAUGUAUUAAUAAGUUUAAUGAAUAAAAAACAAUAAACAUUAAUUAAAUUGCUUAUUAAUAAAUGUUGACCUUCUGAUUA